AUGAGUCUGGACGAGCUAAAGAAAGUAACCAAAGAAGACGUAAAACGUUUCACCCUAAAUGGGUUAAAAACGAAAGUGAAGGUAGUAAAAGUCCACGACGGAGACUCUUGCCACUUGGCCUUUUAUCGUAACGAAGAGCUGGUGAGAUUUCGAUGUCGUUUGGAGGACGUAAAUGCACCGGAGCUAGACAAACCGAAUGGAGAGCUCGUACGUGAUUUCCUUGCAUGGGUUUGUAUGGGAGACGAUCCUGAUGAAUUUGAUGAUACCGAAAUAUGGGAUAAAAAAGAGCUCCAAGAGAAUCUGGAUGAAAGCCAGAAUUUAGUGUACGCUACGUUUGGAGAUUUCUACGACGACCCACGUGGAAGAGUCCCAGUCGCGCUGAAGACUUCUCCCAGAGGAAAAUCCAUUAACAAAAUGGUGAGCGAUUUCAUAGACAGGCUGGAUUAGUAUUGACGAACAUCCCGUGCUGUAGACACUGCUAUAGCAUAAUUCUUAUAUGGAAUAAUUCUUAAUCAUCUAUAUCAGACAAUAUAGCUUCAAAUAUGUCAAACGACCAUUGAGCAAUGUGAAAAUUAUCAUUCUACAAACGUUUAGUUCUAAAAUAAAAUAAUGUAUGUUCAACAAGACGAGUAAGUUUAAUUAUUAGCAUAAAGCAUCGUGUAUGGAAGUAUUGAUUAUCGGGAAUUAAAAUUCAAUUAAUCCAACUUGUCGAGAACGCAACCUUUUGUACAACUUGUUCAGAACCAACCCUAGCGUAUACUUUGAAAUUCUGUUCACUUUUAAGGUUACCUGCCUUAUGUACAGUAUAUAUACCUAUAUAUAUACAUACACAUGCAGCAAGCUUACACGUAAACACUCGCGGUCCUAGGCCGAAAAUCCAGUUAGUCAUAACACUGUUUUACAUUGGAAUUUCAUUGUAUUUAUGUGGAUAUACACUCAGAGUAACACCACAAAUAUCAUAUUCACCUGAGUACACUACACCAACACAGAAAAAAAUUAAUAUGGAACGUGUUCCUUAAUAAACUUAACAACUGGUUUUGCAAUUUGCAAGACAUAUAUGCGAAGAUAUUCAACCGAUAAAUGCAUGAAAUAAAGUUUAAUUCUUUCAACUUUCACUUUCGCUAUAGUUUGAAAUAUAAAACCUGAAUAGAACAUCCCACGUAACACUCACGAUUCCAAGAAAUAGAUAUUGUAAUGCCAAAGGUCUCACUUCCUUAUGAUACAAAAUUUCUAUGACAACUCUUAAUCUUCAGAAAUCUUCACUGCUCUCUACAUGUUGAGCUGUAUUGGCAUGGUGGUGAAUUUUUAUCCUUUAAGGUGUUUUCCACUUCAACCUUAUCGUAACGUAUCGUUUUCUUUCCUGUCGAAGGUAUAAGUUCCACCCUAGUGCUCAGGAAACAAAUAAAUACGCUUCGGUAUACGAUACAGUUGAUGUGGAAAACUGCCUUUAUAAGUAUACGAGUUUGAAUUCCCAAUCUUCAUGAGGAAUCUAAUCCACUGCUCUAUCUGCUAAAAGCUAUCAAGCCUACAGAGAUUGGUGGUGAGUUCUUAUCCUUUAUAAGUACACGAGAUUUGAACUCUCAACCUUUAGGAAUCUAGUCCACUGCUCUACCUGUUGAGCUAUCAAGCAUAUACUUAUAGAGAUUGGUGGUGAGAUCUUAUUCUUUGCAAGUAUACAUAAGAUUUUAGCCCUCAGCCUUCAAUUAACAGGAAUUAGUCAGCUGCAUGUCCUAACGUAUAGCAGCUAUGAACAAUAGGUUGCUUUACCAAUAUUAAUAUUCUGCAUGGAUCAGCCAAAGUGAUCCCAAAUUGGAACUGACAGGAAUGACGUCAUACUGUAGCGUAAUUAAUCCCCACCCCUUUACGUUUGAGCGCGCAAAAUUGAAAAAUCAAACCGCCAUUCGUUAUCAUUCAGCAUCUCAGAAGAAUUUCAAGGAGACCAAACUGCAGUAGCAAAUAGCAACUCAAGCCUUGAACUGAAGUGCCAUAAAUCUGCAGAAAUGAGUUCACUCUACAAUCAAUACCUUAAGAAACUGACACACGAGCACGUCAGACGUUUCACAUUACAAGGGAUUGAAGCAUACACUAAAGUAGUUUCGGUUUACGACGGGGACACUUGUGAUGUGAUAUUUCACCAUAAUGAAGACUUUGUGCGAUACAAAUGCCGUCUGCUGGGCUACGAUGCACCGGAGUUAGACGACGAGCCAAGUGGUGAACUAGCACGAGAUUAUCUGGCUCAUCUUUGUGCAGGCGGAGAACCUGGAGGUUCUCAGUUCUUAGAUGUGAAUCAAAUAUGGACUAAACAAAAAUUGCAACAGCUGUUAAACAAUAACGAGAAUUUGGUCUAUGCUACAUUUGGAAAACAAGGCAAAUAUGGCCGACCAUUGGUAACUCUUUAUCAAACUCCUCCUAGAAGCACAUAUGCACGACGGGCUACAACCCAAUCGAUCAAUGAUAUGAUGAAAAAUUUUGUAGAAAAGCUGGAAUAGACAAGAGAACAAUCCCACUCUUCAGACUCAUCAGACAAGCGCGAUGAACCAUUUUGAACUCCAAAGAACUACAGUAUAUAUAGACUGCUAUUGUUAGUUUUGUAUGAAUUGACCAUUACUGAAUAUUGUAAAAAUUCCUCAACGAACGUUCAGUCUUACUGAAUAAAGCAUGAACAAGUGAACAACAAUUUUAAUCAUUAAUAUAUAUCAUCAUUUAUCGUAAGCAACGAUUACUAGUGUAAAUCGAAUUAAAAUUAAAUUUUGAAACGUC